AUGGCCGACUCAAAGACUGAGAGCUCGCAGCUUGCCGAUUGUAGUCAUAUCCCGAUUAUCGACCUCUCAACUUUGGAUAGUCCAAAUUUCGAUGACCGACAGAAACUUGCUCAAUCAAUCUAUGAUGCUUGUACUCAGGUUGGCUUCUUUUACAUCAAGAACCACGGGAUUCCAGAGGACAAAAUCAAUGGCAUACACAGCUCCGCAAAGCAGCUCUUUGAUCUCCCCCAGGAGCAAAAGAUGAAGUUUUAUAUCGGAAACUCCCCUAAAUUCCGCGGAUAUAGCCCCCUAGGUGGUGAGAAAUCUAUAGGAACAGACGAUGAUCCCAUCGCCGAAGAAGACGCAGUCAGUGCUCUCUCCGAAGCAUUUGACAUUGGGUACGAAACUGCAAUGGAUCCUCAAAAGUCGAAAGAUGAUCCUCUUCCUCGCGAUCCAUAUGGACUGUAUGGAGAUAACCAAUGGCCCAGCCAAAACGUACUCCCAAACUUCACAGAGGCCUAUAUUGAAUAUUGUGCCAUGAUGCUAGGGCUCUGUCGAAAGAUGAUGAGAAUAUUUGCCCUCGCUUUGGGCUUGCCCGAAGAGAAUUUUGAUUCGAUGACUCAGAACCCAGGUGUCACGUCUAGGAUGAUGCAUUACCCACCUCAGCCAGUGAAGGAAGAGGUCCGUGAAGGGCUUGGGGCUCAUACGGAUUUCGAAUGCUUCACUAUCCUUUCCCAGGGUAGUGUCCCUGGCCUGCAAGUCUUGAGUCACAGCGGCGAGUGGAUACUGGCACCGCCAUUGCCAGGGACAUUGGUCGUCAACAUUGCAGAUUGCUUGUCAAUUUGGACGAAUAAAAAGUUCAAGUCUACUAUUCAUCGGGUGACAAACUUGACUGGACAAGAACGUUACUCCAUUCCCUUCUUCUUUGGGGUCGACUAUGAUACCACAGUGUCAGUUCUACCGAAUCAUAUUUCGGAUGAUCGACCUGCAUGUAAAGAGCCCUUCAAAGCAGGCGAGUGGGUUCGCGAACAGCUAUCAAAAGCUACCCCGCCCUCCACGGCGACAGCCUCCCUUACACCCUUCAAGGCCACCAUCCCCAAAGCCCAACUCGGCGAGCUCGAGACGUUGAUUAAGAUAGCGAAAUUGGCACCACACACCUACGAGAAUUCCCAAACAGACCGUCGCUAUGGUGUUACCACAGACUGGCUAGUCACUAUGCGGGAUCAGUGGCUGAGGUCUUACCAUUGGAAAUCCUCGGAGGAUCGAAUCAAUAGUUUCCCUCAGUAUACGACGGAGAUCGAAGGUCUUACGAUUCAUUUUGUAGGGUUGUUUUCAGAAAGGAAGGAUGCUGUUCCUAUCUUGUUGUUGCAUGGAUGGCCUGGGAGUUUCCUCGAGUUCUUGCCUAUACUGCAAAAGUUCCGAGAGGAGUACACGCCGGAAACGUUACCUUACCAUUUGAUUGUACCUUCAUUGCCAGGUUUCACGUUCUCCUCUGGGCCCCCAUUGGAUAGAAACUUUGGAACAGGCGACAUUGCUCGUGUGGUAGAUCAACUGAUGAAAGAUCUCGGCUUUGAGAGCGGAUAUAUUGCCCAGGGAGGUGACAUUGGAAGUCGGAUUGCUAGACACUUAGGCGUGGAUCAUGAGAGCUGCAAAGCUGUACACGUCAACGUGGUGUUCAUGAGAAAGCCUGACGGCAUGACGGACGACCACCUGAGUACCUCUGAGAUAAAAGGCAUCGAGAGGAUGACAAACUUUGUGGCUACAGGUUCAGGUUAUGCGACUGAGCAAGGCACUCGACCCAGCACCAUCGGGCACGUUUUGUCAUCGAGCCCUAUGGCGCUACUAGCAUGGAUUGGGGAGAAAUUUUUGGAAUGGGUCGACGAUCCGCUUGCCCCAGAGGACAUCUUGGAAUCCGUGACCUUGUACUGGCUUACCGAGACGUUCCCGAGAGCAAUCUAUACUUAUCGACAGGCGACUUCCAAUGACCCCCGUUGGUAUAUCCACAAGCCAUUUGGAUUCUCUUCUUUCCCUAUGGAGCUUGCUCCGCUGCCGCGCUCGUGGGUUGAAACCACUGGAGACUUGGUAUUCUGGGAACAGCACCCGAAGGGUGGUCAUUUCGCAGCACUGGAACAACCUGAUGAAUUGAAAGCAGACUUAGUCAACUUCGUAGCCCAGGUGUGGCCAGGAAUUAUUAGUGCUGAAUAA